CGUCAUGGCCCUUCUAUUGUCUUCCUUAUGGAAACCAGCAACAACGUAGAAUUCAUGGAAGAACAUAGGAGAAGUCUUAGGGUUUUCCCCAAUAAAGAGUAUGUCGAACCGAUCAACUCUUCUAGGGGCUUCGCUUUAUGGUGGAAGGAAGGGAUUAGUAUUAAUGUAAUCAGUAGUGAUAAGUAUUAUAUGGAUGUUAGCAUCGACAUGGGGAAGAAAUUCUUCUGUACUUUUGUCCAUGCCCCGACUACGGUUGUUGGUAGAAGGGAGUUUUGGGAGCACUUAAGCUCUCUUCGGAGUAGUAGAGAUGAUAGUUGGGUCAUCGUAGGGGAUUUUAAUGCUGCUAUUUAUGAAUAUGAAAAAGAAGGGAGGUGCCCGCUUAGGUACGAGAAUGUGGAACCUUUCAAAAGGUUCAUUUUUGACAAUGCCCUCAUUGACAUUGGUUUUAAAGGCAACCCUUUCACCUGGUCCAAUAAACGCUCUAGCCCAAAUCUGGUUAGAGUUAGAUUGGACUGAGUGCUGUGCUCGCCAUCUUGGAGAGUGAUGUUUGGAGAAGCGGUUGUAUUCCAUGAAAAGAUGGUGGCCUCUGACCAUAGCCCAAUCAGAAUUGAAUUCCACUAUCAAGGUAACAGAAGAAGAAGAACACCGUUCAGAGUGGACGAGAGAUGGCUGGAAAAGAGGAAUGCAAAGAGAUUGUCUUUAGGGAGUGGGAUCCAGGAGGGCCAUCUAGUAAUCAGUUAGACAAAUGCGAGAGAGAACUGAAGGCAUGGGCGAAAGAUUUCCAUAAGAAUAGUAUUCUUAGGGAGAGUGAAAUCGGGUCCAGACUUGAGAUUCUCCAGCAACCACCGCGUACAACAGAAAAUGUGGAGGAGGAGAAGAUCCUUACGGCAGAAUUGACCAGAAUUUGGCUUGAGGAGGAAGCAUUUUGGAGUCAGUGCUCUAGAGUUUUUUGGCUUCAAAAAGGGGAUCAAAACACGUCCUUCUUCCAUUCUAGAACUAUUCACAGAAAGCAUAGAAACAGAAUCCUUCGCCUUAAAGAUGAGGUGGGAAAUUGGAUAGAGGAUGAGACAGGGCUGAAGGGUUUGUCGGUUGGGUUCUUCAAAGAACUUUUCAAGGCUAGAGAUACCACUGAGUUUACCCAUCUCCUUCAGGGAUUCCCAGCGAUGGUAACAGGAGAAAUGAAUGAGGGCCUUUGUGCUGCGGUGACUAGGGAAGAGAUUAGGAGAGCAGUGUUCUCUCUUGGAGCGAGAAAGGCACCGGGCCCAGAUGGGUUUUCGGGUAAAUUCUACAGAAGAUAUUGGGAUAAGGUGGGUGAAACCCUCUGUAGAGAAGUUGAGGAUUUCUUUGAAUCAGCUAGCAUGCCUGAAGGGUGGAAUGAUACGCACAUCGUGAUGGUACCAAAGGUGGACCACCCAGAGACAAUUGGCCAGUUUCGACCCAUCAGCUGCUGUAACUUCAGGUACAAAAUCAUCUCUAAGAUUAUGGCUACUCGACUGAAGAAAUGGACACCCGUAUUGGUCUCUGAGCUCCAGACAGCAUUCAUUGGCGGUCGCCUCAUCCAAGAUAAUAUCAUUAUCGUUCAUGAAGCUCUUCACCAUUUCAAGAAUCAUAAGCUCGGCAAUAGAAGAGAUAUGAUGAUGAAGUUGGAUAUGAAAAAGGCUUAUGACAUGGUGGAGUGGGAAUGUCUGGAGACCCUCCUUAGGCGAUAUGGGUUCGAGGAGAGAUGGUGCAAAUGGGUCAGCGCUUGUAUUCGUACUGUUAGAUUCUCGGUUCUGUUCAAUGGAGAAGCCUCAGAGAGCUUCAGUCCCUCGAGAGGCAUUAGACAAGGAGACCCUCUUUCCCCUUUCCUCUUCAUCCUUAUGUCUAAUGCCCUCACGUUCCUGGUUGAUAAAGCAGUAAUGGAAGAACGAAUCAAGGGAAUUAAACUCAACGCGAGAUGCCCUACUCUCACUCACUGUCUUUUUGCAGAUGACACGGUCAUAUUUGGGAAAGCUAACACACAGGAGGCUGGAAAAAUUUUGGAGGUCAUCAACGACUAUGGGGCAGUGACAGGUCAAGAAGUCAACGUACAUAAAUCCUCUAUUUUCUUCAGCGCGAAUGUUCCAGCGGGAGAGAAGAAUGAUAUCAUCAAUCACAUUGGAUUUGCAUCCUCCAACUGCCAUUCUAAGUAUCUUGGAGUUCCAACAGAAUGGGGAAAUUCAAAGAAGGAAACAUUCUACUUCCUUAUCCAAAGGAUGGAAAAGAUGGGGGGAGCAUGGAAGAGCCUACUUCUUUCACAUGGAGGAAAGGAAGUCCUGCUAAAGUCGGUUAUCCAGGCCAUCCCUACCUUCAUCAUGUGCCUAUUCCUUCUACCAGUUUCCCUGACGAAGAAGAUGGAUUCUCUCCUUAGCAAUUUUUUCUGGUCAGGGUCGAUGCAGAAAAGCAACCUCCACUGGUGCAGGAAGGAGGUUCUGUGUUCCCCAAAAUCAGAGGGAGGCUUGGGAUUCAGAAGCUUCAGAGAUUUCAAUCUGGCCCUGCUGGCCAAACAAGCCUGGAGGCUUAUGAACAACACUGAUACACUCUGGAGCCGACUCAUCAAAGGACUUUAUUUCCCUAGAGGCAAUUUUCUAUCGGCUAAAAAAGGAAGCAAACCAUCUUGGAUCUGGGCGAGUCUUUGGGAGUCUAAAAAGGUCAUUGAUCUAGGAGCCAUUAAAGUUAUUGGAUCCGGUGAUGAUACAUGGAUUGAUCAAGAUCCGUGGGUUCCAUUCCUUCCCAGAGCAUGCAUCCAGAGUGGUCCACAAAAUCAUGCAAGAGUGAGUACCUGGAUUGAUCCUGAAAGCAGAAAAUGGAAGGAUGAGUUUAUUCAGGGACAUGUCUCCCCUUCAGAAAGAGAUGCUAUUUUGAGAGUUCCGAUUGGGGAGGAGGAAGCUAAGGAUUUCUGGGCGUGGAGAUUUAAUGAAGAUGGAAAGUUUACGGUCAAGACAGCGUAUCAUGCGGUUCACUCGUCAGUAACGGAUCCCCAUACGAUGGACAAUGUGGAGAAAUGGAAAUGGGUGUGGAGUCUGAAUAUCCCGCCUAAGCUCAAAUUCUUUGUCUGGAGAUGUGCUAGGAACGGACUGGCAACAAAAGAGAGACUCAUGCAUAGGAAAUGCUCCCCAAACGCCACUUGCCAGGUGUGCCAAUGGCCGAUUGAGUCCCUUUUCCACUGCCUCUUUCAAUGUCCCCAUGCGAGGGAAUCAUGGGAAGUUAUCUUCCCAAACAUCCCGCUGCCAACUCAGUAUACUGCUUUCCUUGACUGGUUGUACCUCCUCAAGGGCUCUAUCCAACCAGGAGCCCUCACUCAUGUUAUUUUCCUCUGCUGGAAUAUCUGGAAGGCUAGGAAUGAGUGUGUGUUCAAGAAUCGGAUCCCUUGGCAUCCGAACGUUAUUUUGCGAACUUACAAGGAAUUCACGGAAUGGACUAAUUGCCCGAGGAGUCCCCCCAAUGACUCUCCUUCUACUCAGCUCAGGGGAGCCCAAUCACUCAAUUCUCCACCGCAAGCAAUCACAAUUUUGUGAUUCACUGUGAUGGGUCGUUUUUAAACGACUCCCAGCCGGCGGCAUAUGGUGUUGUGGUCACUAACCACCAUGGACAAGUGUGUGAUGGGCGAGCUGACAUUCUCCUUUGUUCCACCCCACUCGAAGCCGAAGCAAAAGCACUUCUGGAAGGUCUCAAAUUAGCCCAAGAAUAUGGAUCUGAAUGUAUUGUCCAGUCAGACUGCCAGCUGAUUGUCAAAGCUCUCUCGGAGGAGCCAAGAAAUUGGCCUUGGCGAGGUGCGGCAUGGAUUGGAUCAAUGGUCUCAAUCCUAAGAACGAAUCCUCAAGUGAAGGUCAAGGCAGUUUCACGAGCUUGUAAUGUUAGAGCUGAUUGGGUUGCACGAUCACUUGCUAGAUCCUCCCUACCUGAUGACUGGAUUAGUAUUCUUGACCUAAUUUCGGAUUUCCUUUGAUUAAGUGUAAUCUCGCUUUUUUCGAGUUGGAAGUGGAAUAAAAGGUGAAAGUUUAU